CUUGGAACGCAGCAGACUGUCGCCAGCCACGCCAGACGGCGCACCGUUCUGCCGCCGCCGCCACCGUCGCCCACAGGCUCACCCACGGCACCCGCUCCGCGAUCCACGGCCUCCAGCUCUCCUAGUCUCUGUCAGCAGCAGAAACGGCCAGUUACGCAACAACAACAACGCGGUGAGGAUUAAACAGCUCCGGUGUAUGUGUGUGUGUUUGUGCGCGUGCUAUGAACUCUCGUGCGCAAAAUCAACUUGUUGAGAAAAUAGAAUCAAGACUUUUCUUCACUUUUUAUUUUCGAUCCAUCGAUCAUUUAUAAAUAAAUAUACACCUUUACAAAAUCCAUUAAAUUCAAUAAUUAACUGAUCUCUUGAAAAUUAUCACAAUUUUUCAAGAUUAGAUCAUCACACCACGUGUGCAAUUGAAGGAUUUCGAAAUAUUUAGUGUUUGUGAUAUGAAAUUUGAUUUUGAAUAUUUACGGGUAUAAAUUGUGUGGGGGUUUUUGAGAUAAUUAUUUGUGAGAGGCUUCCGAUUGGUAAUAAUAAUGUGUGUGUGUGCGCCCGCGGGCAAUGACUAAUGUAUUAAGUGUGUUAGUAGGGAGAUAUUUUGUGUUGGUGUUUGUGUUGCUGCUCGAUGACUACGUCAGCACCGGUUGGACGGGAUUUGCAUGGCAAACAGAUUGACGCGCUCAUAUAAAGUGGAUAACGAGCGUGAAGAGUCACUUCUUCUUCUUCUUCUUCUUCGAUAUCAAGUCACCACAAAGAAAUAUCCACGGAAAAGAAGAAGGAGAAACCCCCCUUUCUACCUCAUCUGGUGCAACAGUUUCUUAAAAUAGAAGGUGUCCGUUGUUGAUAAAAUUGUAGGUGCCAGUAAUUCCCUCUCUCUGAUCAUCAAAGUAAACAAGUGUGAUCCAGAAACGAGGAAUUUCUCUCACGAAUAAUGAUAAUAAUAAUUUGAUACUUCUUUUUUUGGAGUAGAUAUUUCUUUAGUUGCUGACAAAUUAUUUGGAGAUUCAUUGACAAAGAUAAUAAUUUGAUAUUUUGAGAAGGGAAUUUUAAAAAGAAAUAAGUGGAAAUGCAAGGUGGAAGGAAAAAGGCAGACAAGGGCGAUUCCUGCUGCUGACUUCUCGACCUUUCUCUUGCUGCUUAAGGGGAAUAAGGAGGGCAAGGGGAAAGAAGAAGAAGAAGAAGGCGUCCCCAGCCGCGUGGUUAGAUGUUUGGUGCGAUGGAUUGUCGUGACUCGUGCUCGUAUUCUUGCGGAGGCUGCGAGAGGAUCGAGGGCUUUAUAGAACCGAUGGAGUAACAAGUGAGCGGCGUUACCAUGACGACAGAGACCCACACUGUGGCGAUGACAGACCCCCAGUUGACGAAUAACAACAACAAUAAUGAUGGCGAACCAAAGUACUUGCAUAAAAAAUUCAAGAAAAUGGCUUCGACAGAAGUCAGCCAAAAUGUGGAGACAAGAAAAGAGACAUCGACCGAAGUUGUUGUCCCACCUUCCGAGAGCGAAAAGAAAAAGGAGAUAGCAGCCAAAGGUGAAUCUGCGGAAAGUGAACCUGCCGCCACCGCCGAGGUAAAAAAAAGCGGAUACGUUUGUUCUUAUUGCAAACUUUCCUGUGCCAAGCCCAGUGUUCUUCAAAAACACAUCCGGGCUCAUACCAAUGAAAGGCCUUAUCCCUGCGUUCCUUGUGGAUUUGCCUUCAAAACAAAAUCCAAUCUCUACAAACACUGCAGGUCUCGGUCUCAUUCACUCAAAUUGGAAGGUCAAGGCAGCGAAGUCAACAAAGAAAUAUGUUGUAUGUGUUUUCGAAAGGUAUCAGAAGAUUCGGACAUAAGUCUAUCGGAUAGCGCGAGCAAUGGAACGGGAACACCUCCACCACCGCCGGCAUCAUCAAGCUCCACUUCGAGUAUAAAGACUGUUAAAACUGGCAAGAUAUAUAAGCCCAAGUUCCAUACCGCUUUGCACAAUGCGAGCAAUGAGACUGAAACGUCUUCCAAUUCCUCCAGCAGCAGCUCUUGUUCCUCAACUAACAUGACACCGAAUCAUAAUAAUAAUAAUAAUAAUAAUAAUGUUAAACCAAAUGCGGAGCGGCUGCAGGAACACAUAGAUAAAAUAAUCAGCGACAAUCAAGUAAUUGUCGAGUCUGUUGAUCCACGAUUACACAAACUAAUGCAGCGACAGCAGAGCCUAGUUGAAAUUAAACAGACUGAACAGCCAUUGAAUCUUUCAUCGGGUGAUGAAUCAACAAUUCGAAAACGAUGUUAUAGUGACAGUUUUGCUCAAGAAGGCAAUAAAGAUGUAUCACCAAAUGCAGAUAGUUCAAUAAUCAAGGAUCUUUUGUUAAAAACAGCAGCGAUACGCUCAUCAUCGAAUCAUGAGGAGAACAAUACCGAGGCUGACAAUAAUUUUGUCUGUCAAUUUUGCAAAAUUUCCUACACAAGCGCCGAUAAUCUUGAAGCGCACAAGAAAUUCUAUUGUAAAGGUGUCAUGAGUCCAAGACGAGCUGACUUUCAACUCGAUUUAGAUAAAAGGGAUACGACAGCCGAGUACGAUUCCAAGGUUGAUUAUUAUAAUCUUCAACCGUUACAAUCACCUGGACCACUCCUUGGUAAUACGAGACUUGUUGAUGCCUACACUCCACCUGCAAAGAAAUCAAGAAACGAACCAAUGCCCGGCACAUUGAGGUCACUGGAGGAAUUGUCCAAAUUUCCAAGGCCAAAUUCUUUGCAAAUGUUUGGCGGUGAGGUACGAAUAUUGGACAACACAGGAGAGACAAAGACUAUGAGGAUCGAACCAAGGAAAACUAGUUCGCCAACAAGCGAGCACAUUGUCACCAACAAGUGUGCCACUUCUGAAACCUCAUCCAUUGUUGUCAGAUCUGGUCUUCAUUCGGGUGGAACAAUGGUACACAAACCUCCCGGUGGAAGUACACCGGACAAUAGCACACCAAAUUCUUCCAUAUCUUUGCCAGAUAAUUCCAAAUUAUUAGCACCCAUUGUACCAAACAUAUCAACAACAAAUUUAGCGCCCACAAUGACGUGCUACAAUUAUCUGGAACCACAUUUGAAUCCAUUAACAAACAUCACUGCCUAUAAUCCUCUAACAUUACCGCAAGCCGGAAUCGCCAGUAUUCUUCAUGGUGGCAAAGUUAUACCAUACGUUCCCGGUAUGCCCGGUCCACAUACACUGACCAAUUCUUCACCCUCUGUAGACAUAUCCCCUUCAAGUAUACCUCCGGGUGAUGCAACGUACAAAGUGAUACCCGGCAUGCCGGGCUUGCAUAUGAUUCCUCAACAACCAUUGAAUCUCGCUAGUCCCGUGAAAAUUCUAACGCAAAAUGUACCUGGAAUUCCAGGACCACCAUCAUCUCUUGAUUCCUCACUCAAUCAACCAUUGGAUCUGGCGAGUCCAGCGAAUAAAUCAUCAUCAUCAUCAUCAAAUUUCAAAACACCUGAUCAUGGCCAUCGUCAUAUCGUAACAAAAAUUUCAAGCAUUAAAUCAGAUACAGAAAAAUAUAAAACUGGUAAAUCAAUUUCUGUCAAUGAUCUCAAGGAUGACGAUCGACUCAUGAAGAAUAGCACCAUUACCAAUAAAACAAAAGACGGAGAUGCCGUUUUUGAAUCAAAUCCAAAGAUCGACAAAGUAUUCAAUUAUUCUUCUUCAAGAUUUGAAGAUGACAAAUCGCCAAAUUCUUACAGUAAAAUGAGAUUCUCGCCGAAAUUAAUUGAAAAUAGAAAAAGACACUCGACCUGGAAUGUUGAAGACCUGGAGGAAAGAGUCUCAGAUCGAAAUUCCUUUGAUAUAAAUUCUCUGCCAUUCUCAGAACAAAGAGCAAAAACAUUAAGACAAAGUCCCGUCUUGAAGCUCGACAGUAGUCUUCCUAAUGAGAAUGGUCGUUUGAAAUUAAACGGCGCCAAGGUAAAGCCAGAGACAUCGAUAUUUGUGAAUUUAGAUUCAUCAAAAACAGAAGUACGAAACAAAUCACCCGUUGAGUUAAUUGGUAAAAUUGAUGGAAAUAAAUCGCCAUGGAAUUAUAAUGAUGAUAAUGAAGAGGCAAGUAAUACAAAAUUUUUACGUCCAACAUCAUUGCCAUUAAAACCGGGGACAUUUACACCGAAGAAACAUCAUGGAAUAACACCAACGGCAAAUACAUUACCAUUGAUAAGUCCCGAGACACCGAGACAGAGGAAGUCAUAUGGUCAAGUUUUCUUUAAUGGUCAUGCUUACACGUAUCUUGGUUUAAAGUGUUCGACACGAUUAUAUUAUUGUACAUUGAAUAGACCACAGCCAAUGUACGUUAUGCAACAACACAAUUUGUCGAUGUAUUCUAACUGGAAGAUUUGUAAAGAUGCACCACCGGAUGUCGAUAUGGCCCAUUAUGAUUCGCGUCACAGACCUCUAAAUUACAGUAUUGCCUCGACGAAACAAGAGGAUAUUAUGACUCAUUCGUCGCGACGACCAACGACACCAAUCAGUGCUGACAGUGGAUUGGAAAAUGAUACUCAGGAGAAAGCGAAACGAGUCAAAAUAUUCGAUGGCGGAUUCGAGAGCAAUGAAGAUUACACAUAUGUUCGCGGUCGAGGUCGCGGUCGCUACGUUUGCGAAGAAUGCGGUAUUCGUUGCAAAAAACCGUCAAUGCUGAAAAAACAUAUCAGAACACACACCGAUGUCCGGCCGUAUACUUGUAAACACUGUUCUUUCAGCUUUAAAACAAAAGGCAACCUAACGAAACACAUGAAGUCAAAAGCGCAUUACAAAAAGUGUGUCGAGCUGGGAAUUGUGCCAGUGCCAACAGUUGUGUGUGAUGAAAACAUUGAUAAAGAGGCAAUCGCUCGUUUGACAGCGGGUGGCGGAAAUGCUGAGGAAUCAUCGUCCGAGGAUGAAGAAACGGAAGGCGACGAUAGUGAAGAGUCUGGAAGUGAAGAACAAGAAGCAGCACAAAGUCUAUUAAGUUUAUCGCAACGUAGUUCUUCUGGUCGAUUACCAGGUCUCUUGCCAUCGGGUAGACCAACGACAUAUCCAUAUUUGCAAACACUUCCCACUGCAUCAGUAACGACAAGUGUAAUUUCAACUACUGUUGUCAGUUCAAUUUCCAAUUCAAUCAUGUCUCAAGCAACAACAUCAUCCGUAAUUCAUAAUGAACUUUCGAAUAGAUAUUAUUUCCCCUCAAAUCGUUCCACAUCUUCCGAGGAAUCAUCCUCACGAUCAAGUGUCAUUCAGUCGUCAAUAAAAAAUGAAUCCGACAUGGAAAUGGAAACAGUCACUGAUUCCAUAAAUGGUGGACGACACUCAUCACAACCAAUGGAUCUUACGAUAAAACAAAUUUCACAAUCAUCCAUUCAACGAGCAAAACCAAUGGACAUUUUAACACCAGUUUCUGAACCUGCUCUUUUGCAAACAAUUGUCCAGAGUAUGGAGAGGUUACCGAUUCAUCAUCAUAAUAAUAAUCAUCAUCAUCAUGGGAGAGAAUGGAAACCUGAGACUGAUGGCCAUAUGCUGCAGGCUUAUCUUACUGAAAGACAUGUGAUGGAUAGUAAAAUGAAGGAGCAAUAUCGCGUGGGUAAUUGUAAAGUAGACAACAAGCAUAUCAAAGAACGGGAAUUGUACUUACAGCAACAUAAUUCAAAUCUCAGCGUAGAAUCUCAUGGUGUGCCAACGGUAACAUAUACUGAUCCAACGAAAUUACAACCUGCAGUUCUUGAGUCGAGAAUCAAGAACAUGUCGAAACAGGCUUCAGAAGAUAUCAAACACGAGAUCAGGGAGAAGAUUUAUCUAAAUAGUGUUAAUGUUGAAAGGCGUCCGUUCGAUAUAGAUUCGAUUUACAAUAAAGAUAAGGAUCUCGCAUCACGUUCAAGUUUAGCGCGAGAGUGUUUUGAACCGCGUAUCGUGAAUUCAAUCGCAAGAACAAUUGAUUAUAAUUUAAUGAACAUUUCCGAAAGAUCAAAUUUUGUUGUCGAUCUACCAAUUGAAAAUUCAUUUAUUCAACAUGAUGUCAAUAAUCGACAUGCAAAGAAUGAAGUUGAUCGAAAUUCAAUGUUCAAUGCAAUGAAAAUGAUGAGGGAAGUUGAGAGACCUCGCGGUGAAAAUCUUACAACUCAAUCAAACUUGGAUAUUCGAUUGUCAACAAACAGAUCUCACACUCCAGAUUUGAGACCCACAAGUAAUGAACUUCGUAAUUCUGAUCUAAGAUCACCGAAUCGAGAGAUGCGUAAUACGAAUCAAGAUUACAGAACGGGACCAGAGUACAAAACAUCAUCAUUAUCACAUUGUCAUGAUCAUCCUCGUACAAAACAGGAAUUUUCCCCACCAAUUGGAAUGGAACAAUUAAAUGUUGAAGUCUCUAGACCACCGAGUAGAGAGACAAGAAUGAUUGGCGAAUAUAGAUCACCAUCGGAUUCUGUUUUACAACACGAGCCUUCGAAUUUACAUCAAGAGAUUCCAAGAACACAAGGAGCAAUGGAUAUUCGUGUUGCCGAGAGAUUUGAUUCAAUUGAAUUGACCAAGCAGAGCAUUAAUGAGAGUAUCAAACAUUCGAUGCAACGAAAAAUGGUUGUUGGUGGUCCACCAUUUAGGAUUCCAUCGUCAACGGGAGGCAAUUCAAAGCCUCAAGCGGAAUUUCUGCAGCCAUCGAGUGGUCCAACGCCAAAUUACGUUAGUGUGAUGGAAGAUGGCCGAAGUGUUUGUGGAAUGUGCAACAAAGUCUUCAGCAAAGACGCAAAGGAAAGUCAUUUAAGAUUGCACAUCAACAUUCAUUAUUUCGAGAGGCCAUUCAGGUGUGAAAGUUGCGCUAUUCCUUUCAGAACAAAAGGCCACUUGACUAAACAUCAGCGUUCUAUUUCUCAUCGUAAUAAAGUUAGCAUGACUUCUACUUUUGGAGCAGCAACCAGUAGCAAUCCAAGACCAUUCAAGUGUAAUGACUGCAAAAGUGCGUUUAGAAUACAUGGACAUCUUGCUAAACAUUUACGUAGCAAAAUGCAUAUUAUGAAACUUGAGUGCCUAGGUAAAUUACCUUUUGGAACCUAUGCCGAAAUGGAACGUUCUGGUAUCAAUCUCAACGAUAUUGAUACCACAGACUGUGAUAAUAGUCUUGUCAGUCUUCAGUUGUUGGCCCAGAAGCUGUAUGAGAAAGAUCCAAGUAAAAUGGGUCAGUGGGAUCCGGAAUCGGCUAACAAUCAAGGAAGUAAUAAAGGUGAAAAUUCAUGUGACGAGAGUGAAGAACUAUCAUCACAUUCAAUUCACUCUUAUUCAACGUCUCAAAUUGUCUCCGAUGCCGAAGCAUCUCGAACAUAUCAUGUGCCAAUUCACGAGGAAUCAAAAUCCCUGACGUUCAAGUGUCAAAUUUGUUCUGUAUCAAUGCAAACAUUAAAUGAAUUGCAGGUUCAUUGCUUUGUCGAGCACAAUAUUGAAACCGAUACAAGAGAAAAGGACGGGAUAACGACAACGAGAUUUGUCGAUGAAAUACCAAUUCGACAAAAUGACGGUGCAAAAAAACUAGAAGAUAUAUAGUGCCAAAAUAUUUCAAUUUACGAGAGAAUAUUGAAUUUUUUCUUUUAACUGUAUUGAAAAGAAGGAAAAAAAAAACAUCUCUCGUUUAAUUUUUUUUACAGAAAGAAAAAGAGUCCCAAAGUUCAAAAAAAUUGAAUCUUCCAAUUAAAGCGUCUUUCAUGGAGAGCAAUUGAGAAUUGUGAUUCAUUGAUUUAUAAAAUUAAAAUUGUCAAGCAUUUAUAAAAAGAAAAAUUCAUUUCGUGUGGAAAAAUUCGAAAUUGCUCUCUGUUAUAGCAAAUCGAGAUUUCAGUGUUAUUAUCUCACGACGAAUUAUAUUUAUGUGCCCAUUGUAGUUUUUAGAUAGUAUUUAGGGUGCUAUGUAAUGGCAUAUGGCAUGUGAUUCUGUAUUUAAAGUGCAAAUGUUGCGUGCAAACAAACAAAACGUUAAAAAGAGUAUUCUAAUAUUACGAAUUAAUAUUGAUUUUAUUCGUAAAAUUAAUCUCAUAUAUGUAUAGAUAUAAAUAUAUAUUUAUUUAUAUCUACAAUAUCUAUACAUAAAUUUGUAUAAUAUACCUGCAAUGUUAAGAUAACAUUGCAAAAAAAAAAGAUAUUGUUAUUUCGGAGAAAUUGUGUUUUUUGUAAAUAUAUAUAUUUCUUGUAUAGUGACUUCCAAAUCGCGCCAAAACGUUUAGUAUUAGUGUUUCAAUCAAUUUUAGGAAACAAAAUGAAUUUUUUUUAUAUAUAUUAUAUUAUAUAUAUAUAUACAUAUAGAUGAAAUAUUUUAUCUUUGAUCAACAGUCUUUAGAGAAACUUUUGACAAUCUUCCCCCUAUUGUUUUUUUGAUAAAAAAAAAUUAAAUUAAAAAUCCAAAUUACAACAAUCAAAUCAUUUUGAGAAAUUUGUAUUUAGUAUUUUAAUUAAAUUUCUUGUGAUUUCAUUUACAAGUCUUUUUUUUAAUACUGUGAUCUCAUAUUAUUAUUUUUUAAAUAACAGAUUUUUGUUCUGUAAAAACUUUUUCACGACUGAUAGAAGAAAAUCUGUUUUUUAGAGUUUUCAAUAAGAAUUUUAAUAUUUAGUUUCUUUUUGUUUGUCAAAUUUUUUUAAGAUGAUUUGAUUGAUAAAUGAUUUUGAUUGAUUUAAAUAACAUUUUCGCUCAAGUGUACAAUAUUGUCUUCUGCAUAAUCAUGUAUCUUAACAAUUUUUUAAACAAAAAAUGAGUCUUUGUGUGCUUGAGAUAAGAAUCAUGAAUUAUUCAAAUACAAAUAAAUAUGUGCAAUGAAAGUUCAGUUAAGAAAAAAAAACAUUGUCAUCCAAAACAAAUAUCAAUGUAGAUUUUUGAAAUUAAGCAGUCGAUGUAAUUAUUUCUUGUAAAUUUUUUUUUUAAGAUUUCUUUGUCAGUUGAAGUACGAGCUUUUUAAGAGAUGUAUUCUCAAUAUAUAUGUAAUAUAUAAUAUAUAAAUAUGCCAAGCCAACUAUUCUUCUCAAUUUUUAAAUAAACAUUUAUUUUUUAAGGCAAUUCUGAAGAUUUUAUCGUAACGGAAACUGAGGAAAGGAAUUUUAUUUCUAUAUAUUUAUAAAUAUGUAGAAAUAUAUUUUUUUUUGUAUUUUUUACAGAAACUCGUAAUAAUGUUUACAUAUUAAAAUUAUAUUAAAAAGAAAAUGACAUAUCAAUAAUAUUGAAUUUAUUUUGACACAAUUUGUCAACUAUAUAUAGUCGAUUAAAAAACAAGAAAUAAAUUUUGAUUAGAAAAUUAUAAUAAAAAAAAGCAUUUUAAAAAUUAAUUUAUAUAUAAAAAUGUUGAAUGCUCAAAAUUAGAAAAAAAUCUAUUUUUCUAGAAAUGUGAAAUUCUUUUUAAGAGGGAAUAAUGUUAAAUUUCAAUUUGUUGGCUUGGCUGCUUCCAAUCGCAGUAUUAAAAAGUGUGUAAUAACCCGAUUGCUUUUGUUCGAAUAAUAUCGUUUUCUAAUAUUCAUGAUUGAAUUUUUGUCUUUGAUAAAGACAUGAAUGAAAAUAUCGCUAAAGCCAUUAUGCUAUAUUUUAUAAGGUCGAUUUCCGUUUGUGUGUCGAUAACAUAGCUUAACAAAUUGUUGGCGUCGUUUCUGAUGUUUUAUAAAUAUAUAAAAAAAUAUAUAUAUAUUAUAUAUUAUGUAUGCAUAUGUAAUGUAUAAAACUAAGGGUGUUUAGGAUUUUAUAAGCAUAUACACGAGAAGCUAAGGCUUUUAUGUGAAAAUGUGUAAUGUACAUUCAAUUGCCUUAGGAAUGUUGGAGAGAAUUGUAUCACAGAAACAUUUUCAGUGGAACCAAAAUGGCAAAUUUUUUUUUUUUUGCCAACGAAUAUCAAAUAAUGGGACCGGAGAAAAGAUUUUAUUAUCAUAUUAGAUAUUUCAAAGUUGUAGUAGCAAUUAAUAAGUUAUCGAUCGCCAACAUUUUGCCAAUGCUGAUGUCAACAUUUCUUCCCCGAUUUUCACAACUCUGUUAAUCUAUUGAUGAAAAUGUAAUUUAUUUAUUGUAAAUAAAAAAAAAACAUUGCCUAUA